GUGCUAGAAACGUGCUAGUACUGGCACUGCUAGGCCCGGCGGCUGCAUGAUUAUAACAUGUCAGCCCAAACUUGAGAGAAAGAAAAGAAGACAGCGUGACAUAGGCGGCGCGGCGCUGCUUGUCAUGUCGAUGUAAAACGGAAGACGCCCUAGCUACGCAGUACGGGCGCAGGAGAUGUAAUGACUGGGUGGCAUCGAUGAUCAUUACGAUGAGUAUUCCGCCCUGGUAUGUUCUGCUAGCGGACAAGGAGCCGUCGCACACAUCGGAAUACAAAUCAUUUGUGAACAACGCUAUCAGGAUAUCGCCUCAAACUCUGCUGAGUUUAUACCUUGGGAGUCCAGUGUCAUGGAGGAUAGAAGAAGUGCUGGAACAAGUCGGGGCCAGCCAACGUUUGCAGUCUCGGUAUGUCCAGUACGACGCACCAAUGCUGCGGAAGAAUAUGACUCCUCUAACUACGAGGUGUGUCUGUUGCGUGAGGCCGGUGCAGAGCGGUGUGGAACGCUGACCUGCGUGGUUGAGCCAGGGACACAUCCGGAGCGUGUUGCACAGAGGGAGUUGAAGGCACAGACACAACUUUCGGUGUCCCGGUUCGUCCCUCUUCAUAUUCAAGCUCAGCCACAUCGUGGAGAGCAUACAAUCACGGUGUUCUAUCUCGCUCCUGUGAAUGAAAAAGACGAGGCUCAUGGAUUUCCAUCUGUGGAAACAGCCUUUGAGAAUCUGCAGUUUGUCCUGGAGAACCACCACAAUGAAUUCGAUAUGUUCUAUGGUCAUCGUGACAUGAUCUUGGCAGUUGACUCCUGGCUGAGAGAUCAGCACCGACUAGAUGAAGUGUCACCGCAUCUAGACCUGCUCUUCAACAGCGCUGAUGAUCGAUCUGAAGACAGAGUUAGUGUCCCUGUAGGGCAUUUGAAAUUUGCAAUAGAUGCCAACCCACUGUACGAAGAAAGCAUUGAGCCAAUAGAAGACUGCCUACUUAUUGGUUUCAACAAUCCGCUCUUCCUCCACGCAGAGCUCCAAGCAUCAACAUGAGAACCGUAGAACGCAUUGUGUGAGACACUCAGCGUCGGCACUGUACGCAUAUAUUUUACCUUCUUCUAAUUCUACUCUGACGAGCAUUUCUAUACUAGUGAUAUACCAUUCAUGGCUUUCCAGCAGUACGAGGCCAGUGCCAACUAGCUGCUAGUAUACAUUUGUAUUGGCAACACGAUGAUGAAGGAUAUUCUUGAUACUUGUAAUGCAAGCAUACUAUUUUAUUGAUACAGCACGUAUAAAGCUCAUAAUGGAAAAUCAAAUGAGGGUCAUGCA